CAAGCAUUGGCUCACUUCAGAACGGGGAGGGAGCAGCUCCGGCUGAAAGCAUUGCAGCCCACAGUGUGUUAGCUCGGAAAGCAGGGGGGUGAGGGGGGGAAGAGAAGAGGCUGCUCUCCCGGGCUGGCAGUCGGACACAGCUGCGUUGGGCUUCAGCCAGAAAAGAAGCCUAUUUUUCUGCAAUGGUAACUGGUAGCUUUCCCCUUCUCUAGGCCUAUGGGCUCGGUACUGAAAUGCAGUUCUACCCAACUUUGUCUCAUCCUGUGUAUUUGCAGCCAAGGCUGGAUUACCAUGGUGUUUGUUUUUUGGGGAAUAAAAUCCCAAAUCAGUAGAGUUUAGUGAACUGGGGAACCUGAGGUCCCGAGAGGUAAUGCGACUAGGCCAAGGUCACCUGGCAAAGCAGUAAUAGAGGUGGAAUCGAUCCCCUCCUCCCCACCUCUCUCGAGUCCCACUUCAGUGUCGUAUGGAAAUCACAGACAACGAGGGUUGAAGGGACCUCAGGAGGUCACAUCAAGUCUGACCCCUUGCUCCAAGCAGGACCAGCCCCAACUAGAUCAGCCCAGCCAAGUAUCUCCACCAUUUCCUUGUUAAUGCAGCUGCUAACCACAGAGUCCUGCCAAUGAAAACUGUAGUAGUCGCAGAUCAGGAUAGUUUUGCGUUGUCCAGUCCAGUUUCUCUUCCCCUUUCUCCCAGGGGUCAGGACUCAUUGAGAGAGCAAUGCUUCUGUGUAGCCAACCAAGUUCCCUUCAAGUCUGUUUGUUUCUGUAGUGGUUUCUUCCCCAGCUACUGUUGCUAGACUGGUCAGCGGGCAGCACUGUGCAUGGCCAGGGGUAUCGUGGAAAUGUGGUUAGUUACUGAAUUCCAGCAGGUGCACGUGUCGUGGGUAUGUUCUGGUCACUUGAUUGAUGGAGAAUAUUUCUAAUUACUUUUUUGAGAAGGAGAGUUUCAAAAGAAACCUAGAAGUCAGUCGGACACUCUAAAGGUAACCAUUCAAAAGAUCAGUCUAACCUAAUAUUAGUACUUUGCCUCUUUCAGCUGAAUAAAUCCCGGUGACUGACAAGUAGGUUGUUGCCUAUGAGAGCCAGUUAGUCUCUAAGGUGUCCCCCUGCCCUAUCUUCUGCCUUAGUAAGUGGUGUGAUAGGGUGGUUUAGCUGUGGAUCCUGAGAUGACUAGCCUAGGCUAGACUAGAUGGGCUGGAAGGGCCCUUCAGAGGCCAUCUAGUCCAGCUCCCCAUCAGAAGAAGGAUCAGCCCUAUCCAAACCAUACUGUCCAAAUCCACCGUUUAACCGAUUAGUAAAACUACACAGCCAACCAUGACACAACCACAAGGAAUAACAUCCUAACCUGCCACAGGCUGUUUCUCUGGAAGUAUUUUGAAGCCCGGGCUUUGGAUGAAGAGAGAGAUUCAUCUGCUGAAUUGACACAUUUCACUUUCAAGAAAAUUCAGAACAGAAUUAAGUUUGACUUGUGUGUUUUCCCAGUCUUGACUGACCUCUGACUGAUGAGAACAUGUUGCUUGCUCUUUGUUAGGCCUUAUCACAUACAAAUCAUCUUGGAUUUGAAACUUUUAUGUCGUUCCAGACUUUUUUUGAGGAGCUUACACUUGUCUUUCAAGAGUUUAUCGGCAAAUCUUUUUUUUAGGAAAACAUCGCAACUGCCUGGAAUGAAUUACCUGAAUUGUUUUGUUGUUGGUAACGUAUCCAAGUAAUUUUCGAGUGUCUGGAAUCAAUUCCUUGAGAUAUUUUGAUACAGAGCUCUUCUUCCUAAAUGUUCCUGUUCCUUUUCCAAACCUCUUUAUUUUUAAAUGUUCUGUGCCAUCUUCUACAGAUUAUUUUUUUAAGUGUGUUUCAUUAAGAACUAAAAAGCCAUCUUCAGCUGAGGAAUUACUUUGUUGAACUCUGCCUGGCUUGGCUGCCUCUGAAUACCAAAGGCUUUAAUAAUCGUCAAGAUGUCUACUAAAGUCCCAAUCUACCUGAAAAGGGGCAGCAGGAAGGGGAAGAAAGAGAAACUCCGAGAUAUCCUCUCUUCUGAUAUGAUCAGCCCUCCACUGGGGGACUUCAGGCACACGAUUCACAUAGGGAGCGGGGGAGAGCAUGAUAUGUUUGGAGAUAUUUCUUUCUUGCAAGGGAAAUUCCACCUUCUGCCGAGGACCGAAAGCAACCUAGAUGCCGACAAAGAUGGCUCCUAUGGAGUGUCAUUUGAGUUCUCAAGGACUGCUACCAUCUCUGGGCAUGAGCAACCAUUGUCUGAAACCCCUUCGCCCCUCUUAAAGAAUGCCAUCUCGCUGCCUGUGAUUGGAGGCCCGCAGGCUCUUAUGCUGCCUUCGACCCAGGCUCCACCCAAACCACCACGGCUGCACCUUGAUGACAAAGUUCAACUGGCUCAGCCAGGCAAAGAAGCUGGGGAAGAACUGGUCUCAUCCAAGAACGGCAGGACUGCAGAGCCCAACCCCCAUUUCUGCCCCACCACUGAGUCGUUCACUAUUGCUCAAAAUGGGUUUGUUGAAGAGAAAAAUGAGGAUAAGCCCUUUAUGUCCCACGCCGGCUCCUUGCUCUCCCUCCACGUGGAUCUGGGGCCAUCUAUCUUAGAGGACGUCCUUCAGGUGAUGGAGAAACACCAAGCUGGUGCAUCCAUAUCGGAUUCCAGCAGACAAGAAAUCCUGACGUGAAAACUGAGAGGACUUCCCCAGGGGAGGGCUCUAAAAUGAAGUUUUGUAAAUAAAAAUAUUUUUUUUCUCCAA